UUAAUACAACAUUAUGAGCACAACCUCGUGCCCAGAUCAACCAACACGGACGGCUAUAAAAACUGAAGACACAAAAUGCGUCCACGCGACUCCCCUCUACGCCCAACUCUCCUCUGUGGUUACAAUUACAUACGCGUCCCCUCGUCUCUCUCUCUCUCUCUCUCCAACAACUGAAUUAGACUACGAAACCCUAACACUCACCACUUGGCCUAGUUCUCUGCAUGCUUUCAAGUUUCUGAUUCGGAACCUCGGGACUUGUAUUUCUGCUCGUUGACGAUGCGGUUGUUAUUGAGAUUCAAUGGGUUGAGAAAUGCAGCAAUUGGAGGUGCCGAUUCCGAGCGGUGGCUUUGUUCGCCGUCGUCUUCGAAGAAGCUAGGGUUUAGGUGUAUUGUUACUAGCUGCAGAGCCGUGCUUUUGCCGCGGUUCGGUGGGCCUGAAGUCCUUGAGCUCCGUGAUGAUGCCAACGUUCCUGAUCUCAAGCCCAAUGAGGUGCUUGUUCGCGCUCGUGCCGUCUCCGUUAAUCCUCUCGAUACAAGUAUGCGAUCAGGCUAUGGUCGUUCCUUAUUUGAACCACUUUUGCCACUCAUUUUGGGUCGUGAUGUUAGCGGUGAAGUUGCAGCUAUUGGAGCUUCUGUCCGAUCUCUGAGUGUUGGGCAGGAAGUGUUUGGUGCACUGCAUCCAACUGCUGUACGGGGUACUUAUACAGACUAUGCAAUUCUUUCAGAAGAUGAACUUACUGCAAAACCAGUAUCAAUCUCACAUGUGGAAGCAAGUGCCAUUCCGUUUGCUGCUCUGACUGCAUGGAGGGCUUUGAAAAGUACUGCUAGGAUAACCCAAGGACAAAGGGUGUUGGUGGUUGGUGGAGGAGGAGCUGUCGGUUUUGCAGCAAUUCAGCUUGCAGUAGCUGCAGAGUGCCAUGUUUCAACUACAUGUGGAAGUGAAAGUAUAGAUCGGGCUAUGGCAGCUGGAGCUGAGCAGGCUGUGGACUAUACUACUCAGGACAUUGAAUCAGCACUAAAAGGGCAAUUUGAUGCUGUUUUGGACACAAUUGGUGUACUGGAGACAGAAAGGACAGGCAUCAAUCUUUUGAGGAGAGGUGGACACUAUAUGACGUUGCAAGGGGAGGCGGCAUCACUGACUGACAGAUAUGGGCUGGCUGUAGGGCUCCCUAUUGCUUCUGCUAUUUUGCUGAAGAAACAGAUUCAAUACCGAUAUUCUCACGGAAUAGAAUAUUGGUGGACUUAUAUGAGGGCUGAUGCUGAAGGUUUGGCUCAGAUUCGUCGGCUCUCUGAGGUCGGGAAGUUGAAAAUUCCUGUGGAGAAGACAUUUCCCAUUACACAUGUGAGGGAGGCUCAUGAAGCCAAAGAUAAAAGGCGCAUUCCUGGUAAAGUUGUUCUGGAACUUGAUUGAAUAUAGACAAAUCCAUGAGCCCAAACUGAUAUAGUUCACAGGUAGAAUCAUGAAACAAACUUUAACCCGCCUUUUUUUCAUUUUUGUUAUUUGGAUUGGAGACUGGAGGCUCCAUUUGCCAAUCCUCCCCGUACAAUAAGUAUGAUCAUCUUGUAUAGGAAACUGAGUGGGAUUUUUGUGAAAUGAACUUUUAAAAUUUUAAUUGGCAAUCUGUAAAUUCUCAGUC